GCUGGACUUGGGGUGAGGAGAGAUCUACAACAGCCUGGGCAUACCCUUGUCCCUCUUCAGGAAGUGAGGACAAGCCAGAGGUCUUGGUGUGCCCUCGGGAGUCUGCCUGAAGUUCUCACCCAGCCACUCGGAGAUGGAGCGGUCCACCCAGGAGCUGUUUCUCAACUUCACCGUUGUCCUGAUUACAGUUCUCCUCAUGUGGCUUCUUGUGAGGUCCUAUCAGUACUGAAGGGCCAUGCCACAUUCCUGAGAUUGACUGAAGCGCUUUAGAGCUACCCGUGCAUGCCCUGAGCUUCCAUUGCUGUCAUUGUCAUGGGAUGACAUUCUUGGCUCCCCGGCAGCUCUGACCUGCACUCACAAUGCCUGAUACAUCCUAGCAUUAGGAUUCAUCCUGUGUUCUCAAAAGAUGCCACUCUCAUGGGUUUCCAAGGGUUUGCCAGUAAACAUUACAUUUAUUCCCCAGCAAAUGCAACAGAGAAGUCACCAGGUUAAAAUCCAGCUGGAUUUCUGAUGAUGUAGAGCUAUAACAAGCUCCUGCUCUGGGUCACCCCACACUCUGCCAUCAAACUCUACUUCAUCUUCUUGGAGGAAAUGUUACAGGGGGUCUUUAUGAGCCCCUCGAGUCUUGUGUGAAUAAA